AACAUUUUAACGUUGGCAACCCUGAGAUGUUUACAAGUUUCAAGUUUGAGCGUCGUCUAGAAACGCUGUAUUUACAAUUCUGGCGCCGCUUUCGUUUCCAAUAUCUUUGGUGUAGUAUGAUCUGUGUGUGGAAUGUUUUGGUGCUUGUGACACUAAAGGAAAUUGAGAACAUUGCAGAUUAUAUAAAUUUAGGAUAAUUAACUCUGUUAUUGACAAUGGUGACGUAAGAAGAAAUUUGCUUUUGUGAUGUUAGUUUAAAUGUUGUGUGAAAAGUGUGUGGAAUUUUACAGUUCAACAGCCUUAGCUGUUAAUUUAUAUAGUUUACAGACUUGGGAUGUGUGUGCAUCGUACGUUCCAUUUAUCACGAAGUAAAACGAAUGUUUGAAGAAUGGAGACUCUGUUGCCAUCGGAAGUUGCAAGGCUUGUUUUAGGUUAUCUGCAAGACAAUUGUGAGGAUGCUGCAAGAAUUUUUUUAGAGCAGUCAUCUCACCUUGCUGAAUGUUUGGAACUUGCGAAGCAAGGAAGAAAAUACACUACCAAAGUUAUGGGGAACAGCCUCAUUGACUUGCUGCAGGAAUACUGUGCAGUUCAUUGCUUAGUAUCUGAGCGCUCACAGAAACUGCCCGAGAAUGCAGCAGAACAGUUGAAACAGAGUGCUAGUUUGGUGCAAAAACUGAAAUUUUUAAUAGAUGCGUCUAAGUCGGGCCAGACGUUUCUUCUUAGUAUUACAGUUCCUUCGCAGGGUUCGGCGAGCCAAACAGGCAGCACGCCGGCUUCAUCUGGACGAUCAAAAUCAUGGUUGCAGUGUUCCUCAGAGCGUGCAAAACGUUCGGGUGUACGGAGCCAGAAAUCAAAAGAGAAGGACGACAAAUCUGUAAGGAGGUCCAGCGACAACAGUGUGGAAGCAACACCUCUACAUAGCCUACCUGGCCUGUCCCCUGCUGGCAAUUGUUGGAACAGUUCAAAGGACCGAGCAGACAGCAAUGAUGAUCAGGCUGAUGCUCCUGGGUGUUCACCAUCGAGUUGCUCUACACCAAGGAGGAAGGGGCCACCACCUAGGAAAAAGCUGAGUACAUCUGUAAGUAAGCUGAAGAAGACACAUUCAGAGGAAAAUGAUUCAAACGAAAGUGUCGAUAUUGCACUGCUGCAACAAGCACUUUUGGAGAAUAAGCAGUUGCAUGAAAAAAUAGCAGAGAAUAUUAACAGAGUUAUGAGGAUACCCAGUGAUGGCCUUUCAGAAUCUCAGCUUCCAGUAGCACCUCCCCCGGAAAGCAUGCCAGUACCAUGUGAUGGCAUGAUGAAUGAACUGGAUCAAGCUAUUAAGACCAUUGUACAUCAAACUGAACAAGACCCUCUGUUUGAAAGUUUUCUUGAAGAAAUACUAGGUCCUAUUGAGGAGGAAGUCAGCUCAAGUCCAGCAGCUGGUGACUGCGAGAGCGACACAGAGGAGACUGGGAGCGGCAGCCCCCACCCCCGUGAGGCGGCAGCAGAAGAGGAGAGCCUGAACACGCCACGGACUUCCCACUCCGUGGAUGAGGAGUCGACCCCUGCCCCAGGAGAGGUGCCGCUAAAGCAGAGGCUUCGCAGUGCACGUAACCGCAUCUCAGAUGGCUCAUUGCCCACUCCGUCUACCCCCUCUGCACACGGAAAUCUUAGCUUGAGAUUGGCUGCUGAGAGUCCUGAAAAUGAAGCCCCAUCACCAGCAACAAAGGAACAGAGGAAGAAAGAGAGCCUGCUGGAAGAACAAAAUGCUGCAGCUAUCCAAAGCAUAAUAACAGCAAACAUUGAGAAAACUGUCGAUGACAGAUCCAAGACUGAUCUUGAGAAGGAAGCUAAUAUUAACACGGACACACAACAACUUACUGGCACCCAUUCUACAGAGAUCAGAGACACUAAAAGUGCCGAAUCUCAGUCAGUUGUCAAUUCUCACUCAGCGAAUGGAGAAGCAGAAAGUAGUGUCAGAGAUGCAAGUGUAAAUCCUGGGCAGGAUUAUGUGACAGAAAUAUCUGUGCCAGAUAACAGUAUUGCCUCAGAGAUUGCUGCAAACAGUAGUUCACAACAACAUGUGAAUUACUCAGGAAGUAAAGAUAUUAUUUCUGGAGGUAUCCCCAGUGAAUGUCAAGGACCCCCUGGUGGAGUUGUGAGGGCAAUCACAAGCCACCGCAAUGAGGGCAGUGCUGCAGUCGACAGCGGUGCCAUGUUUGGCUCAGCAGCAUCAGUCACUGUACCAGUUUCAAUACAGUCAUCGUGCAUUUGGGAGGGUUUACCAGUCAUACUGACUGCAACUCCAGACAGUCAAGGGCAAAAGGGUGGGAUGCCCAUUGUGCAGCCAGUACACGUGCCAGUGACAGUGGAGAGAGGCAGGAUGGUGUUGGCUGUGGAGAGGCCAGCUACUGCAACUGUUUCUCCUGCACCACUGGCUGUGAGUCUAGCCGAUCAACAUCCUACUGUUGCCACAUCCUCUAUAAUUCUUUAUAGUGGUGAUCACAGCUUUCAGCCAUUCGCCAGCACUAGUCAAUAUCAGUCUCCAAAUUUUACAACAAUUGAUGCAAGUCAGCCACUUUCAAUUGCACCUAAGGGUUCUAAAAUAGCGGUAAGAGAAACUCAAGGUACUGGAGAGAAUAUUGUCCUCAGGAACCUAAUAAAAACAGAUGUGGUGAAUAAACAAGAAGUCGCAGAAGCUGUAGAUCCUGCACUCACUGGAAACAAAAAGAAUACAAAGAAAAAAUCAUCUUCUUCCAAAAAGAAAGCUAAAAAGAAGUCCGGGUCAAAAAAGAUUGUGUCAGCCCACGAAAAGAAAAAAACAGCUGUGGCAGCAGAGAGCUCAAAGAAAAUUUCCACGACCUUGAAAAAAGGCAAUGAAACCACACAAAAAAAUGAAAAUACUUUAGCUUCAGAAAGUUCUAUAAUAGUAAUGGAAGGUACACAAGGAAUCUCUUUAAGCAUACCUGAUAUAUCAUACCAUGAUUCACACGAGUUUGGUGUUACCAAAGAAGUUCCAUUGGCAUUAGAUUCUAGAAUUCAAGUUGCAAGUAGCAUUAAUUCUGUAAAAUCAACAGAAAGUUGUUCGGAUAUAGUUUUCCGACAUAAAAGUCAGGAGGUGGUAAAAGACAAAGAUCUGUCACAAGUACGUAAUGAUACAGAAGUCAGUACACAUUUAGAUGCUAAUAAUUCACUUCAGAAACCUGUAAGCGAUGCUGGUAUUAAUAGUGUCAUGUGUUCAAAUGAGAGGCCAGUGGAUAAAGAUGCAAGUGGUAAUAUAAAACAAAAAUCUGAUACUGGUGACACUGCUCGUAAGCCACGCCAGACACCACAUGUUAUAGGACCGGAUAUAAAUAAGAACACUACAGAAAAGUCGGGUUCUGAUUGUAAGCCUCGGCAGACGCCCCUUGUCCGUAGAACAUCCACAGUGGCUGGUGGCCGACUCAGUCUCAGCACGCCAAGGAGACGUACUAGUCACAUUCGUGCACUGGAUUUUGGCACACCACCAAAAUCAGUUACAGAUUCUUUAUUAAAGAGGCGUUCAAAUUCUGCUCCGAAGGACACGGCACAUGAUGCUAAUACUUCCUGCAGCCCUGACGGGAGCAGUGACUGCAGGAUCCAACAGGCAAAAAAUGUUCGUUCUAGUCUUUUCAAAUCGCCAGACCUUCUGACCACCAGACAGCACUCUGAUAUGUUGACACCAACUCUGACAGCCCCCAUUGCCACAAGGACUCCUACCCCAAAGCUUUCUGGUGACUGGGAAAGGGUUACUGGGGCAGGUCUCAUAUUUGGUAAUACUUCACCUCUCCUGAUGAGUCCAACAAGAGAGGAAAAUAAUGAUCUCAUCAGCGCAGGUCAGAGUAUUACUGCUCCUGCAGGAGAGGACCAUAAUUCUGAUGACCGACCGUCAUCUCCUUUGGAAGUUGUAUUGGAAUCAGAUGAUAAUCAGAAAAAUGAUUCAGACAAAUGUGAAACGCCUGCGAGUAAUCAGGAAGGAGCGCUUGCUGUAUGGAGAAAAAGUAUCUUGAACUACAGUAAGUCUAAAGAGACCAAGAGGAGAGCUUGGGAUGCAGAUCUUCGUGCCAUUGUGGCACAGGAUUAUGAAGUAAGUGUUAAGAAAUCAGAUGUGAAAAAGAAAACAGUGAAGAGGAACAAGAAGAAGGUGGAUAAGGAGACUGAGGAAGAAGCGAGGUUGGUGGAGUCGAGGUUGGAGAGUCUAGUGGAAGAAAUUGGGAACAAACAGACUGAAGGUGGACUUCCACCUGAAGAAGACAUUAGUGUCUCUGUGAUCGAUGUGGAGGGAGGGGCAGUGGGGAAAAAAACUCUGGACAGUACAAAUGAAAGUACAGAGAAUGUCCCAGUGACCAGUGAAAGCCUGGAGCCAAAACAAAAUUCAGAUAAAUCUGCAGUUUUAUUAGCUGAUACAAGUACUGUCCCUGCAAAAACUUCUGAUAAUCUUGAAGAGAAGUUUGCUACAAAUAGUGAAAAAACUGUAGAAUUGGAACCAGAGGAAAGCUGUUCUGCUAGUGAACAGGGAGGAAAUUCCAAAUUUGUACAUCCUAAAGAAACCUCAACAAAGCAGAGUUCUAGAAACCGUAAAAGAAAAGUGUCAGGAGUUGUUGAUGGGACUCCUAAGAAAAGACAGAAAAUUAAACAUUGUACAACAGGUAAAGAAAAGAAAUCGAAAGGAAAAAAUACAAAGGGAGGGAAUGGUGAUAAUGCUUCCAGCUUGGCUAAUGAUUCUGACAGAGGUUUAGGAGCUUCCUCUUCUUUGGAGAGAAAUGAGUUAAACUCUGAAAUGGAUGAUAGUGAGACGGACCACACUAAAACAGAAGCAAACACAAAAGUAAGCGUAUUAGCUGCCGCAGUUACUGAUACGACUUCCAUUGCCAGUAGUAGCGAAAGUAAAGAUUCACGCUGCGUAACUAUACAAAGUGUGAGUAAGGAGGUAAAUGUUAUGGAGGCAUUUAUCUCCACCGCUGCCCUGGAAACUCCACAGAAAGUUAGCCCAACGAAUAGCAUUGUUGGCACAGGGUUUCAGGUUCCAAUUACACCCCGUAUCAUGAGUCCAAGCACGUUAUUAGAUACUCCAAUUUCAAACUUCCUCCGUGAGCAACCUUCAAUCGACUUGUCUAUGAUCCCAACUCCAAACUUCCCUCCUACACCUAAUAUUGCUGUGACGCCACACUCAGCUGAGCUAAACAGUCCAACAUCAUAUGCGAGCAGACCCACCGACUACUCCUCAUGCUCCUCGUAUUAUAAACCAUCACAUUCACCAUCUAGAACAUUGGAGCAAGUGUUGAUUGAUGAAUGUAACAGGAUAGAAUCAGCUGAUAGUCCUGACCGACUGGAAAUUAAACGAUCAUCAGCAGUGUGUCGUAAAGAGAUAGUCGAAUCUCAGGAAGUUUGUAUCUCUAUAACAGAAGAAGAUGGUUCAGUUAUUCAGGCAGAACAGCAAGUGACAUUAGUUACUUACAGCAGUGAUCCCAGCCGAGAUAUGCUGACAGUGAGAGGAGAUACACAGACCACCAGCAAGGCAGACGUUAGUGGUGAAGCAGUUGUACACAGUACAGAUACAGAAGAAAGUGACAAGAAGCAAACAAAUGAAAAGAUAAAUGACUCACAAAUACUAGAGGAGGGUUCUGAAAGUGCCACAAAUCAUCAUCAUACAGCGCCUGUCACAUCAGAAAAUUCUGUGACGGGAAGUAAACAAAGUAUUGCAGCUAGCUCUUCCACAGACAAGGAAUGCCAAUACGAAACUAUCAACAUAGUGGAGAGAGGAAAAGAAGAAGAAGAAGAAAAAGAAGAAGAAGAACAAAGACGAAAUGAUGCUGAAAAACUACAGUCUGAGAAAAAAAAUUCUCGUAGAAAGGGAAGUGCAUGUAACAAUACUGUGAAGACUGCAAAAAUUUUGGAAAUUCCUGUUGGUCAGCAGGACACCCCAACACAUGGUGCCACCAUAAAAGGAAGCAGUAAGAAGCAUAAUAUCACUAGAAGUGUUGUAGAGCCAGAUAUACGUACAAAACGCAGAAUUUCUCAUUCUGCAAUUGAUCUUACAGUCAGUUCUGAACUUGAACAGAAAAAGAAUCGUAUGAUGGCAAAACUGAAAGGAGGGACCUCUGAUACAGUAAAAGGCACCAAGAUAAAAGAAGUGAUGAAGAAAGAUAAACGUAGAAAAAAGACCAAUCAGACCAUCAUUGAGAAAGAAAAGAAUGAAAAAGUUUUGUGUGAAGCUGUUACUACUAAGGAAACCGUCACUUUGGAAAUGAGUGGUGUUCAAAACGUUGGCUGUGAGGAGCCACUGCUGACAGAAAAAGACUCAGUUGUGAUUGAAAAUGUUAGUACAGUAAUCAGGAGUUCUGAAGAAUCACUUGCUUCUAAGUCUGUGUCAGCUACUGAUCAUGGAACUGAAAGUUUGACUGCUACUGUAACACCUCAGAAGGGUAUUUUACUAAGGAGACAAGGAAUAUCUGUCGAUAUUAUUGCUGAAAGAUUGUGGAUGGAAGCACAGAACCCACAGGCGAACAGAAUGGCACAUAGUAAAGAAUCAGAGACCAAAUGUUUCAGUGAGUCUCAUUUAAGUGCUCACGUCCAAGGUCCUCCGAAUGGUGAUGACAAUGAUGACAAUGUGAUAGAAUGCACAGUACGUCAACCACCACACGAUGUUGCACAGUUGUCUCAGGAAAUCAAUACUGCUGAGGUUACAAUAGGCUCACAAACUGAAAAAAGUAAAAGUCACAAAGGCUGUACUGUUCCGAAUAAACGUUCUGUGAUGGAAGAUGAAAAUGAGUUGGUUAAUAGUGAUGAGAAAAAGGACUGUGAAGUGUCACAUAAAGGUCAUGGUGAUUCUGCACGAACAUGUAGUAAGAAAAAUGGAAAUAGCAAUGAAACGUCAAUGAAACCAGAGGCCUACAAUAUGACAGGUGUUGAAGAAGUAGGGAAAGAGAUAGCUACAUAUCCUAUAGAAAAUGAAGUCCACAGUUUACAAGAGGUGGAAGAAGACAACAGGAGUGCCACUAACAAAAAACCUGAAGAUGUGGCACACAAAACUUCUGGAAAGGAAGUAAAUGCCAAGGACCACAUGAGCCAAAGGAAAAAGCAUGAAAGUAACAGGAAGUCACUGAAUAAGGAAGGUGCAGAAUGCAACAGAGAAAAAGAUUCUGUGUCUAUAAAGAAAUCAAAGAAAUUGGCUAAGGAAAAUACUAAAGACCAGUUGACCAAAUCUGUUGUUGAUAACAAGAGUAACGAGCUCAGUAAUAUUUCUGGCAAUAUGAUUGUUGCAGAGAAAUGUAAUGUACAGGAUACUCCAAUAGACUUUUCAAGUGUUCACCAGCAUUAUGUUAUGGGGAGAAAUGAAAGAAAUGACCAAGGCAGCCAGCCUUUGGAUGUAAAGGGAGACCAUAACAAAGAACAAGAUACUUCUAAAGCAAAGAAAUCAACAAAGUCAAGGAAUGAAAGCAGUAAUGUUUGUUUGGCCAAAUCCAUUGUUGGUAACACAGUUAGUGAACAUGACAAAAUUGUUGGGGACCCUGUCAUUGUAGAGAAAGUUAAAGUACAGGAUACUUUAGAAAAAAAUUCAGAUACCCGUCAUCACUAUGUUCCUGAAAGUGAAGAAAAAAGAAGUGAAGUCAUCCAGCCAUUGAAUAUGGAAGGAGAACUUGUCUGUGCAGACAUUACCACAGUCAAGACAUGUACAGAAUUAAGGAAAGAAGGUAUUGAGGAGUCAUUUACCAGAUCCACUGUUGAUAGCAUUUACCACGACUUGGAUAAUAUUCCUAGCAAGCACAGAGCUGUCGAGCAAAGUGAAAUGCAGAAUACUUCGAAAAACAUUCCAGAUGCCCAACAUCUUAAUGUGGACAGUUCUGAAAAUGAUGUAAAAGACGAUGAAGACCAGCAACCUUCGUUUGUGUCUAAUAACUCUGCAGAUAGCAGUAAUAUGUAUGUAAUUAUCAAAUACGAAGGGAACGGUCCCCGUAUGCAGCAGAAGGAAUCUGAAGAUUUCUCUGAUACAACUUUUACACUUAUGGAUGAAGCGGGAUCUCAUACACUUAGUGUUACUGGAUUUUUUGAUUUACUCAGUAUCUCUCCAGAAAAAGUGAGUCCCAGGGUUUUGAACAGAUCAACCAAUGAGCCUGAUUUAACAUCCAAAUCGGCAACAGUGCCUUUAGUUCAUGAGGAAGAAAGAAGUGUGUCUCAUACAAAGGCAGGAGGUUCUGUAUCGGUCCAGGAGUCUUUACACUUAAAGCAUUCUUCUAAGAAGGAACACCACAGUGGACAUUCUGGUAGUAAGACAAGCCGUGAGCGUAGAAGAGAAGGACAAGUAAAGCAUACAAAUUCUAGUUACAAGCAUCGAAUAGGUGAUAAAUCAUUAAAGGCAUCAGAAAGUAGAGCUUCUAAUAAAAGUAAAAGGCUGUUUCAGUCACCUGAUAAAAUAAUGAGUAAAUACAGACACGGAGUCAAAGGAUCACCAAGAAGUAGCACGUUUCAACGUGAUCGUAGUGUAACACCUUCCAGAGUUCCAUCUAGAAGACCUUCAACUGAUGGUACGAAACCUGGAAGAUUACCAUUGAAAUCUCCUCGACCACCUUCCAAAUUGAGCUCAUCAGUGACACUAGAGAGUGUAAUUAAAAGAGGAACUCCUGUUUCGAGGCUGAAAGAUAUGCGCCAUAAAUCUAGUCAUAAAAGAGAAAGUGUGUCUCAGAAUCCAUCAAAAAAGUGCUCGUCUUCUGGCACGCAAAUGGAGGGAGAAACUGUGAAACACAAAAAGGAAAAGUGGGAUUUAGGUCACGUGCGUAACAGCAGUGACUCGAUGGCUGUCAGAGAUCGCAGGGACACUCUGCAGGGUGCAGCAUGCUCACUUUUGAAGAAGGUGCGCGAAGGUGCCUCUGUAACAGAUUCUGGAGAUGAGUUGAUGACAUAUGCUCUGAUAGGCAGUGUACGGGAAGAAGACUCGAAUAGCAGUACUCAGCAGCAGUCUAAUGAAGCAGCUUCAAGGGAAAACUGGAGUGAUUCUCAUUCAUCCCAUGCAGUAGCCACAUCAUCCAAUGAGGACUUGAAGAUACUACCACCGAAGAAACGGAAACCAUCAACUGAAGAUGGUCUUGCACAGGUGGAGAAGAAGAUACACACAGAAUUUUCGCAGCGGCUCCUUAAAGGCAUAGAUGUUGACAACUUUUUAAAUUAUGUGCAUGAUGGUGAGAAAAGGCACAAAGACUAAGUUUUUAUUUUUGGUGCAGUGUAGUGUGACAGACAGCUAAGGUGCAGCAUGAUGUGCAACAGUAUGAAGUAGUUGGUGCACACAAUUUUCUUCCCCCUUUCCAAAGACAUAUUUUGUAGAUAUUUUAGUGUUGGUUGCCACAAAAUAAGUACAAACAGCAAACUUGUAUAAAAACUGUCAUCCCACCUGUAAUGAAUUCAUAUUUAGUUUUAUUGUAUGUAUGUUUUGUAAUGAAAAUAUGUAAAGCUCAGGAAAGUGAUUUGUAAAAUGUUGUUCUAGUUUUGAUAAUUAUAUAUAAAACUAAGAUUUGAUACUCUGUGUUGGGAACUUAGUGAAAAUAUAGUCUUUGU